CUUAAACCAAUUUCACUCGUAUGAACCAGAGCCAAACCCCCUAAAUUAUACAAAAAAGGGAAUCAGGACAGAGCCAGAAGGGGCCUUACCGAGCUUUACAGGCCCCGGCUGCUCUGUUUUUUGCCUGUAAAAACACAAAAAAGAGGGUGAAAUUUCCGAAGAAAACAAACAAAAAGACUGUUAAAUAUCUCAAGAGCAAAUAAAAACACGAAAGAAUGGGGUAUGGCAGUGACGAUAAGAAGAAAUGCAUCAUCGCAGGAGGAGUCUCAGCCCUGCUCAUUGUCAUGGUGGUCUCAGUGGCUGUGGUCACAUCCAAGAACGCCGAUGGUCCCAACAAACUGGCCGACAUACAGAUCAAAACCACGACCAAGGCGGUGAAAGCCGUUUGUGCAAUCACUGACUACAAAGAGACCUGCAUCAACAGCUUCAUGUCUGCCUCUCCCAACUCCACCCAGCCGCUAGACCUCAUCAGGCUUGGAUUCGACUUGACCAUCAAGUCCAUCCAUGAAGGCAUCAAGAAAGCGGCCGACGAGCUUAAAGAGAAAGCCGCAAAAGACCCAGAGGCGAAGAGGGCCCUUGACCUCUGCCACGAGCUGAUGAUCGAUUCCACCGAUGAUCUGAGUAAGUGCUUCGACAAAUUUGACGGGUUCAACCUCUCUGAGAUCGAGGAGUUUGUUGAGGAUCUUCGGGUCUGGCUCAGCGGCUCCAUGGCGUUCCAGCAGACGUGCAUCGACACCUUUGAUGAAGUUAAGUCGGAUCUUGCGCAGGAUAUGGCUAAGAUCUUCAAAACAUCAAAAGAACUCACCAGCAAUGGUCUUGCCAUGGUUUCUGGCAUCUCCACCUUUCUCCCGCAGUUCAACAUCACAGAAAUCAACGAUGAUCUCGGAAGUUAUGCAAGGAAGCUUCUGUCGACUGAGGACGGUUUCCCGACAUGGAUGAGACCGGAGACAAGGAAGCUCAUGGCAGCGGUGACCGGACCAAAGGUGAAGCCCAAUGCGGUCGUGGCUUUGGACGGAAGCGGCCAGUUCAAGAGCAUCAACGAUGCCCUGAAGACAGUGCCUAAGAACAACAAAUUCCCAUUCGUCAUCUACAUCAAGCAAGGAAUCUACAAAGAGAAGGUCGAUGUCACCAAGACCAUGACCUACGUUACCUUCAUCGGAGACGGACCAACCAAGACCAUUGUCACCGGAAACCUCAAUUUCGGCAUCGGCAAUGUCAAGACCUAUCAAACCGCUACCGUCGCUGUCAACGGCGAGAACUUCACGGCGAAGGACAUCGGGUUCGAGAACACGGCAGGUCCGGAGGGUCACCAAGCGGUGGCGCUGCGAGUCUCCGCCGAUUACGCCGUCUUCUACAACUGCCAAAUCGACGGAUACCAAGACACACUCUACGCACACUCCCACCGGCAAUUCUACCGCGACUGCACGAUCUCCGGCACCAUAGAUUACAUCUUCGGGGAUGCGAAAUCGUUCUUCCAGAACUGCAAAAUGGUGGUCCGGAAGCCGAUGGGAGGCCAAUCGUGCAUGGUCACGGCUCAGGGAAGAACCGACAAGCGCGAGUCCACAGGGAUCAUCCUCCACAACUGUAGAAUCAUGGGAGAUCCGGCGUACAUACCAGUGAAAUCGACGAACAAAGCUUACCUGGGUCGGCCAUGGAAGGAGUUCUCGAGGACGAUCAUCAUGAGGACGACGAUCGACGACAUCAUCGACCCAAAAGGAUGGCUUGAAUGGAACGGUAACUUCGCGCUGGAUACGUUGGAGUACGGAGAGUACGAGAACAAUGGAUCCGGGUCGGGUCAGGAAAUGCGGGUCAAAUGGCCCGGGAUCAAGAAAUUAUCGGCCCGACAGGCCCUUCAGUUCACAGCCGGGAGGUUUCUACGUGGCAACACGUGGAUCCCACGUAGACGAGUUCCUUACACUCCUAACAUGUAGAGAGAGGGAAAACCUGACACGAGUUCGCCCUAUUUUUUUCUAUUUUUUUAUUUUUUGGGUUUCCAAAUUAAAUUUGUCACUUUAAAAAAAAUAAUUCGAAAAAAAA